CCUUAGCACCCCCUGUUCUUUCACAUCGACAUCAUGCCCUCUGUCUUGUCUCUGCUCUGUAUUUUGUUCAGCCUUUUCUCCUUCAACACAUCGUCAUUAGCUGCCACACAAGCAAAUGUGUCUCAGAUUGAUCGCCAUGCCCUCCUUUGCUUUAAAUCUGGCAUCACCUUCGAUCCCCUCGGCAUCCUACACUCAUGGAACAAUGGCUCGCUUGAUUUUUGCAGCUGGAAAGGGGUCGCUUGCGGCACCAAGUUCCCGCCCCGGGUGGUCUCUCUUAACCUCACCUCCGCUCGUCUUCGUGGGCAGCUAUCUGGAUGCGUCAGCAACCUGGCAUUUCUUUCCCGGAUGAACCUUGCUGAUAAUCAUCUGUCAGGAACCAUCCCCGAAGAGUUGUGUAAGCUUCCAAGCCUCCAUACGCUGAAUCUUGCCGGCAACAAUCUUCAAGGUAACAUCCCGAGUAAAUUGCAAAAAACCACCACAUUUGGGGACGCUAAAACAGAAAGCCACCAGGUUUCGUAAUUUUUUCAAAAAACCACCACGUUUGCGCUGACAGUUUUCAAAAAACGCUGAUCGCACGGUUUGGCGCGUCUGAGUGGAAAACUGACCGGUUGGGCCCGCUGUCAGGCGCCACGUGGCCAGGGGGAGACGGCGCCCGUGACGCGCGCCGUUAGACGGCGCCACACCUGUCUUAACGAGCCGGGCCAACCCAGCCCGACCCGUUCGUCCAUUCCCCUCUGUCUCGCCUUCUUCUCCGCCUGCCUCCGCCGCCGCCUCCGCCGUCCAUUUGUCGCCGCCGGCCGCCGCAGCAAUGGUGUCCUGGAAGGACGGCGAAACUAGUAGCGAAGAUUCUGUGUCCCCCCUCUUCAACUCGCACGAGGAGGAGACCUAUAUCCCACAGACCAUUGUUGACCCGGAGUGGUGCGGUAUUGUUGCCGGAGGACCGAUGUGCUGUCACAACCUUCAUGUUCAUAGGGCUGUUGUGUUUCAAGGAAUCAACACUGGCCGUAGGUUUUAUGGAUGCGCUAAUCAGGAAGGAGACAAUUGUGGUCUGGUUCAAUGGAUUGACCCAGAAUGGCCAGAACCCAUGAAAAAUGCACUACGCAAACUUUGGGACAUGUAUGAGCAGAGUAACAAAGAGAAUGAUGCUAAAGAAAAGCUCAUAGUCAAGCUUGGAGAAGAGAAGAAGCUAAUCCAAGAGAAGCACCACAACCACAUCAAAGAAACAAGCAAUUUUUUUUCAACAAUUCACAAGAAUGUGAUGAGGGAGAACUAUCAGAAGAUUAUGCAGGAUGGUGAUGUAGAGAAUGUUGUACUUCAAGCCCAGGAAGAGAAGGCUAAGCUUGAGAAAGACAAUAUUGAGCUGAGGACAUCACUACAAGUCAUUAAGCAGAGCAAUGAUGAACUUGUUAGCAAUUGGAAGAAACAUGUAGCAGAUGAAGGUCUUCAACAGAUUGAACAGAUGAAGAAGGAGAAGAAAAAGUUAGAGUAUAUCAUAGCUGAUUUGCUGAAGGAUGGGGAGGCAAACAAGGUUAAGUUGAGGAAAAUCAAAGAACUCUGUGAUGAGUGA